AUGAGGAGGGAGGACUCUCCCAGACUCAUGACUCCAGGCACUGAGGCCAUGAUCAGGCUCUGUGAGGACGCAGGGGAGGCAGACAGGCUGUGCAGGGAGGUCAGAGUGCUUACUGGGGGUAGCGGGCCGCUGCUGGACACCUGCAACCAAGGAAGAGCCCCAAAACAGCUGCAAAACCUCCAUUCUGCCAACCACCGAGGGACCGACACACACACACUCACCAGCUUGGGGUUAUGGCUCUCCAGGAGUGUGUGGCUGGGCUCUAAGUGGACCGGGCUGACCACAAGACGCCCCCCUCUCUCCCCUGCGCCGCCUCUGGCCGAGCACACGAGCAACAGGUGCCCCGCUGCCCCCCCCGCCCCGUUCAGCGGCCGGCGCCAGGCUUUUGCGCUGAAAGUCCUGACCGGAAGUGAGCGGCUGCAGAGCCGCUAG